AAACUCAUGUAACAGGUGAAUGGGGAGGUUCUUCCAAGUUAAUCUCCCAUCUCGUUCUGCUCCACCCAUCCCAGGACAAAGAUUUAAAUGUAAGAGACUGCAGGCAUUGCUUUUUUUUUCCCUGCUAUCAGAAUGAAGACCAUUAUCUGCUUGCUGCUAGUCUUCUUGCUGGAUCUAAGACCUCUUCAUGGAGAAGAGGAAUCUUUGCCAACGAAAGCAGCAGACAAACCUGGUGUAUGUCCUCCUGUUGUAAGCUUGGCACUUGGAGUGUGUAAGAAAUCGUGUACAACAGAUAGUGAAUGCCUUGGUAAUUUGAAAUGCUGCCGAACCGGAUGCGAUGGGUACCAAUGUCAAACACCAAAUGAAAAACCAGGAAUUUGCCCUGAGAAUUCAAAUAGCACCACCUGUGACAGUACAAUUCACUGCUCAGCUGACUCAAAAUGUAUGGGGGACCAGAAAUGCUGUCCAACCGGAUGUGAUGGUUCCGCCUGCCAAAUUCCUAAAACGAUAUAACACUUUCUCAGAAAAACAACAUGAGCGAUGAAGAAACAUUUUAAGUCCACUUGUGGAUAUGAAUUCGUCCUAUUACAUAACUGUGUACUUGAGAAUAAUCUUUUGUAUGGUGAUUAAAGAAAUAUAUAAAUAAAAAAAAUUU